AUGAACUUCACUCUUUCAGUUGUUGAAUGCCAAGCAGAAGGCAUUGGCAUAUGGAGGUUAAUUUNAAGUGGUUGGACUGUAAAUAAAAAACCAAAAAUUGCUGAUGUUAAGAUCUGUGAUUUGAACUCUCAAGAAAAUUUAACUUUAAAAUGUACUGAAACUUAUCAGAAAGAUUCACCUGCAUUAAAUUACAAUCUAACUCCUUGUAAUUCUUCUGAAUGCAGUAAACAAGGUGAACUUUCUAUAUCUGAUUUAGCAACAGAAUCAUCAAGUUCGAUGAAGACUUGUGAAAUAUCGUUUGAAGAUAUCUGUGAUUCUAAUAAUUCAAAGAAAAAUGAUAUUUCUAAUAUGACAAAAACUGUAGAUGAAUCUUUUCAGUUACCUAUAGUAUCUAGGAAACGACGAAGUGCAGAGACAGUAUCACUACCAAAAAGUAAAUAUAAUUAUGUAAAACGAAUGUCAUAUCCUACAGACCAUUGUAAUGAGAUUAACUCAUCUGUAAAGAGAAAGCGAAUGAAUUCUUUUUUCAGUUUACCUUCAUAUGAUAUUUCUUUUUCUAAAAAUAUUAAUAUUGGUUUUAUUGAUACACACUGCCAUCUUGACUUUUUAUUCAAACGUGAACAUUUUCAAGGAACGUAUAAAAAAUAUCAGUUGGAAAAUUAUGAAACUUUUCCUAAAAAUUAUGAAGGAUGCAUCACUAUAUUCUGUGAACCUCAAUCAUUUGCCAAGGUAAUUAUAUUUUGUUAA